AUGGAGUGCUGGGGAGCACGAAGGAAAACACUUAUUUUACCCAUAAUGGGUUACAGCAGUUUAGGUCUGUUACUGCUGCUGGGCAGCUGCACUUUGGCCCUGGCAUCCAGAUUCAAGGUCAAUAAGAAGUAUAUAUACCAGUACACCACAGAGAGCAGAAAUGGUGUAGUGGGCACGGCCAACCUGAGGAAUGGCCCCAAAAUGUCCUGUGAGGUUGAGAUCGAAAUCCCCCAGGUGUGUAGCUUCAUCCUGCACACCAGGGACUGUGCUCUCAGUGAGGUCUCCGUCAUGGAUCCACAGGGCCAGCCAGUCUACACCCAGGCCCCUGGCUCCGAUGCCUUCAAGGCCGCCAUGGAAAAGAACCCCCUAAAGUUUACUGAUAUGCACCUGUACCCUGAGGAAGAUGAACCAGUCAACAUCCUCAACAUUAAGAGAGGAAUCAUCUCAGCCCUCAUGGUCCCACUCGAUUCAUCAAGUUUACCAAGCACUGUGCAUGGCGCAUGUCCAACAGAGUAUACGGUCGAUACAACACUGAUGGACGUCGAUGUAGAUGUGACCCUGACCAGAGAUUUGUCCAAAUGUGACCAGUUUUACAGCAGGGAACAGGCCAACAGUCCUCUGGCCAUCCUGCAGAAACUGCAUCGCCCCAUGUCUAAGUUGAUCUCAAGCACCCAGAAGUGUAACUACCAAUUUGACAAAAAGGGCAAACACAUCAUAUCUGCUAUGUGCACAGAAGACCACAUCUACCUACCCUUCUCCCACGAGGUCAAUGGUAUAUCAUCUGUGGUGACUCAGGAGCUGAGUUUUCAAAGCUCUAAAAGAAUCAACAACAGAGUAUUUGAUGUGGACGUCAAAAACACGAGGCCAUUCCACUUCGAAGACCCUGAGGACAAAGCUCCAGUCCAGACAAAAGAUGCUGCUCUGAACACCAUGCGUGACCUCUUGGCUUUGGCUGGAACAGACCAGGGUCAGAAACGGACCGGCCUUUUCCAUAAACUGGUGUCCAACCUCCGCAUCUUAAGGAAUGAGACCCUGAGCCAGACUGUCGCUGAGAUGCUCCAGUCCUCUAAGUGGCUGACCUGGCAGGCUCUGCUUCAGUGUGGAACCUCAGAGUGCACCAGUGCCGUACUCCAGGCCAUCAGGACCAUAGAUGGUGUGUCGCUGGAGGUGGAUGCCUUGGUCUACGCACUGGGUCUACGGGCUGACCCUGAUGCUGCCACUGUCCGUGAUAUGCUCAGCAUGGCUGAGUAUAAACAGAGCAGGGCAAUCAUGUACGCUCUGGCCAUGACAGUCAGGAAAUUCCAUUCCAGAUUCCCAGACGAGGUUACUCCAGUGGUCACAGAUGUGUCAAAGUUCAUGGAAACGCUUUUAAAAGACGACUGCUCAGGAGAACCUGGCCCUGACUUUGAACCCGGGCUUCACCCUGAACCUGUGGAUGUGACCUUCCUUGCACUGAGGAUUGUUGGUACGAUUGGUGAUGCCAUGCAAGCUGCCAAUCCCAGCCUGGUUUCCACUAUUAUGCGGUGUGCGAAGAGAACGGAUAUUCCACUGUCAAACCAAAAGGCAGCGGUACAGGCCCUGAGACAGAUGGACAUAAAUAAUGAGGUACAUGGCGGACUCAUGGAGGUGUACCGGGACACUCAAAACCCUGUAGAGAAACGGAUAGCGGCCUACCUGAUUCUAAUGAAGCAUCCCGACCAAGACGUAGUUACAAACAUCCUGAACGACUUGGAGAACGAGAGUGAGGACCAGUUCAAGAACUUUGUGGUUUCCCACCUGCAAAUGAUCUACAAGUCUGAACACCAUGGAGUACCCUAUGAUAUUUGGAAGAUCAUCGAGUCGGCCUUGACAAACCAGCUGUCCAACACAGUCACAGACUGUGUCGGCCAGUCCUGCCACCACACAUUAGAGACUUCAGUGGGCUCAGUCCGGAGUAACAUUAUCUUUGAUGAUGCUAACACCUUGCCUAAGGAGGUGAUGCUGGAGACCACUCUGAGGGCUUUUGACUAUGACACGAAUAUCUUUGAGGUUGGCAUUGACGGAACAGGAUUUCAGCCGACAAUUGAUGCCCUGUUUGGACAAAAUGGUUUCUUCCCUGACUCCAUCUCCAAAAUCAUGUACUGGGCCCAGGACAAUUCCCAGAUGCUCAGAGAUGUUUUGGAUAGAAUCAACCCAGAAGGGAACAGAAUGAAAAGACAGGCCUCUGAGGAUCUUCUCAGGGAUAUGACAAGCAUUUUCCAGAAGCUGAAGGAUGACCUCGAUUUAUCUCCAACUCCUGAAGCCACUGCUUACCUUCGCUUUCUGGGCAAUGAGAUGGGAUACGUGAAAACCAGUGACAUUCGCAACAUGGUUGGCACACUGUCCAUGUACUAUCAUGUGUUCUUCAGGAUUCUGCCACUCCAGGCACUUUUUGCAUUGACUUCCAGUACUGAUAAUGAAGUCUUUGGCCAUUACAUCUUCAUGGAGAACAGCUUCUGUCUUCCGACUGCCUCUGGCUUCCCUCUGAAGUUCUCCCUAGCUGGUGUGUUUGCCCCUGGUGCUAAAGGAGGUCUGACCUACACUCCCAGGAUGGGUCAACUGUCCUUCAUGCCCUCAGUUGGGUUAGAAUUCAUCACCCAAAUGGGUGUGCACAUUCCAGACUAUGUGGACGCCGGCCUUGAGAUGCACACUAAUAUGCACCAUGAGAGUUCCCUCAACACUAAGAUUACCUUUGAUGGAAACCAGAUCAAACUAUCCAUCCCUUCUCCUACGACAAACACUCAACUGUUUAGCAUUAGCAACAAGCUGCUGUCAGUCUCCUCUGGUCAAACAAAGAUAGUGCCAUCCCUGGUGGAGGACCGGACUGACUCCACUGACUGCCAGCCCCUGUUCAGUGGUCUGAAUCUCUGCACCAUAGUCCGUUACUCCAAUGCAUCAUCCAAUGAGCAGGCUCCCUAUUACCCCCUCACAGGAGAAACCAGAUUUGCAGUUGAAAUUCAACCCACAGGAGAAGUUUCAGAGUACACUGCCACCAUCACUCAUGACACACUUACAGAGGGUACAGACGGGCAGCACAAUCUACGCUCUCUGAAAUUAACCUUGAAGGCUGAAGGGAGUGAUUCAACAGAGGCCACAGCUACUCUGAAAUACAAUCCCAGACAGAACACUGUGAUCACUGAGAUUGUCAUUCCUGACUAUGACGUGGAAGCAGGCAUCAAGUUAGCUGUAACUGACAGUGAUUUUAAAGGAAAGGCGAUGCGAGGUAUCACCAUUGAUGUCACCAACAAGAACAUUCCUCAGCUCUCUCUUGUCGGACGCACAAGACUUGAAAUGAUGAAGGAUGCCAUGGUGCAACUCCAGCUGGCCAUUCCAUCUAUGAAUUCUGACGCAUCUGUCACUGCAACUUUAAAGAAGGAUGAGGGUGUAAUCCUGGAUUUAGAAACAGCCAUCAACCUCCCUGAGACGGUCUACCAGCAAAAAGCUUCUCUCAAAUAUGAUGAUGACAAAUUUGAGGUGGAGCUGAAAUCAGACAUGAAUGCAGACGUUCAGAGUCUGAUCCCAAAUGCAAAUGAGCUUCACAGUCAGCUGCAACAGCUCAUUGAUGAUAUGCUGGACCAGCAAGUGACAAAAACUGACAUGAAACUGCGCCACAUAGUCACUAAAGGAAUUGAGGCAGGUAAUAUCUGGGUGGACAAACUGACAGCACGCUUUCCAUACCUCGCAAAUCUGCGGAGUAAGAGGAGUCUCUCCGAUCUCACUUUGCCAGAUCUACCGGAAAAACUGUCCCUACAGCUUGAUAGCGCGUUCCGGUACCAGUUCAACAAGGAUAAGAUGACCAUAACAAUUCCUCUGCCACUGGGAGGCAAAACAUCAGAGGAGCUGGACAUUCCCACCACUCUGUCUGUUCCUGUCAUUGAUCUAACAACCAUAGGCCUUUACAUCCCUGCCAACACCUACAGAGUGCCAUCCUUUACGAUACCACCUUCCAUAAAGUUUGCCGUUCCCCUUCUUGGUUUGGCUGAAGCAUCUACCAAGAUCAACAGCAAUUUCUACAGCUGGGAAGGUUCUGUGUCUGGUGGAAACAACACAGAGGAUGUCCCCAGCUACGUUGCACAAUAUAAGAUAAUGGGCCAGUCACCUUUCAGUCUACUGUCCUACAAGCUUGAAGGAACUGGAAUGAUGUCAGGAACACCAGAUGACAACCUUAAGUAUCUUGUGAAUAGUUCUUUCAGCCACGACCUCAUUGAGACCAGCUUCAGUGUUUCGGAAACCCUACGUGUGACAGACAAAUUGAAUGCAAGAGCCAACUACAAGACUGAAGUCACAAGUCCGCUAGGCCUUCAAGGCUCUCUGUUCUACUCUGCUCAGGCAACUUCCUCCCUAGAUUCUGAUGAAGUCGCAGGGGAUGGCACCUUGGAUGGAGCGCUUAAAAUAGGCUCAUUCUACAUAGAUUCCUCCUACACCCAAAGUUACAACCUGCAAUUGCUCAACAGGGAAGGAAGAGGAGAGUCCAACCUACGCUUCAGUUCACCAUUCAUCCAGUUUAACAACAUGAUCCAAGGAGUUUAUGCAAACUCAGAGUUGAACAUUGUAUCCAAAACCAAUGCCCAGAAUGACAUCCUCAAGCACAUAGCAGAGCUUAAAUACAAGGAUGCACAGUUAACUCUGAAGAGCAAUGCAUUAGCCACAGCACUGGGUAAAUCACUUAACAACAAAGUUGAGCUUGGUGUGUCCCGUGAUAUGGGUGUCCUCAGAAUUGAAUCACAGGCAGAUGAUGAAGGUGAUGCAACAAAUAGGAUAUAUUCGCUCAUCACAAGCUCCUUAAAUUCCAAUGGGCUUGAGGUAAACUCUGAGGGCUCCCUCAUAUUUAACACAGGUCGUGGAUUGCACAAAGCUUAUCUUAUGAUUGAUAGUAAAGGCCUGACUACAAGUGGAACUAACAACAUUCAGUGCAGCCCUGUGACACUCGAAAAUGUCUUCAAUGGUGCCAUAGACAACAGUGGAGCAACCUUGUCCUCCACGACCAAAGCCAUGGCUGAGGAAAGCAGAGGAGAACUGAACAUUGAGGGUAAAAUCACAGCCUCAGAAGCCUCCCUAUAUGGUGUCCUUAAGGGCCAUGCAUAUGAUGCAACCACAAGAAAUAACAUGAAAAUUGUCUUGAACAAACAAGCUUUGACCUUUACUGCUGACACCAUGGGGUCCUUGAGGCAGAUGAAAACAGAAAACAGCCAAGCAUUAACUCUUACUCUGUGGACCCUAUCUCUUCGCUCCAAAUCUAACAACUUCAUUUGUGAAGAUGUGUUUUACAAGCAAGACACCAAGGUUAACAUGAAGCCAUUCAUUAUGUCUGCAGAUAUGACAAAUGACCUCAAAAUUUACGACGCCAGCUUGAACAAUGAGGUCCACAUGAAACUUGAGCCAACGAAAGUGGAUGUUAGUGGUAGUAUGAAAGGAGCCUAUGGAGAAGAGCACAACAUUAAACAUACCUAUGAAAUUAGUUUUGCUGGCAUGGAUGGUGCCUUAAAAUACAGCACAUCUGCAAGUGCAAUGGAUGCCCAUUUGAGUCACAGUUGUGAACUUGAGUUUGCUGGACUGUCCUCCAAGUCAUACUGUGAAGCAAAAAUUAAUUCCAGACCUCUGCGUUUUGACAGCACCAUACGCACAGUAGCACUGCCCUUCAGUCUCACUAUUGAUGGACUUGUCAACAGCGACGGAGAAAUUAAUCUGCCUGGAAAACACACUGGACAGUUGUACAAUAAAUUGCUGGUCAAAGCUGAGCCCAUGGCUUUAGCCUACUCUUACGACAGCAGGGUAUCAACCACUCAUAUGCUUUCAAGUGGGGAGUCCUCUACCCAUUUGGAAAACAAAUUUGAUGGUCUCCUGACACCACUUGAUCAAAUUCUGAACUGGAAAUUAAAAUCUAUGCUGAAUGACCAUACUUAUAACCAAGACUUCAGUGCUUACAACAAUCUUGAGAGGGUCGGAGCAGAGUUUUCAGGACUUCUGUCAACAGAUAUUUUCAGCAGAUUAAGCAAACAGAAGAGGUCAGUGCCAGAAAGUCAAGAAUUCAGUAUGAAUGGGUUCCUUAAAUACGACAAGAACACUGACUGUCAUAUCAUUGAGAUCCCAUUUAUUGAGAGUUUUCCAGCUGCAUUUGAUCAACUCAAGACUACACUUGUUCAAGCCUUAGAAUCACUGCAACAUUUCAUCCACAAUUUAGACAUUAAUCAGAUGAUCACGGACUUUAGAGACAUGUUAGAUCAGCUGCCAGUGCAAGUGAAUGACUUCAUGCAAAAUCUGGACUUGGACAACAAAGUGAAUGCAGUGAAAGAAAAACUUGACUACUUGACUGGAGAGUUUGCUGUGACACUGGAAAACGUAGCAGAUGUGAUGAUCACAUUGAAAGAAAACUUUGAAGGGGGAGUGAUGUUCUUUGCAGGUAGAACUAGAGACCUCAUUCUCACUAUCAGAGACUACCUCGAGUCAGAGGAGUUUGUGAACAGUAUAACAAACGUACUGCAACAAAUUGGAGAUCAACUCUGGGCUUUUGAUGAAAUGAAGCAGUCACUCAUCAGAGUACUCAGUGCCGUUGAGGAUGUCCUCAGUCAGAUUGAUUUGCAGAAGCUCACAGAGAACAGUGUUUCAUGGCUGCAGGAACUUGAUUCUAAGUAUGGUAUCUUGGACAAAAUCAAAGACAUGUUGUCUGAGGUGAAACAGGCCAUUGAAAACGUUGACAUCACCACAUUUUUGCAAGAUGCAAAGGAUUAUAUUCUUUCGAAAGACCUGGCCAUGUAUUUUGACAAGCUUUCAUAUGAAGUCCCCUUUGGAGAGAUACAUCAAGUGAUUGAAUCUAUGUUUGAAGUUAUCUUCAACUGGGUUGAUGAAUAUGAAAUCCCUGACAAACUCAACGCAGUGUUUUCCUACAUCAUGGAUCAAAUUAUGAAGUACAAUCUUGAUUCUAAAUUUAAAGAUUUAAUGGAUCAGGUAGUUAUUCUCAUUAAGGACUUUAAAAUUGGAGAGACUUUGCAGGCAAUGGUAGAUACUCUGAAAGGAAUCAAGUAUGAAUAUGUUCAUGAAAAAAUUAUGGAAUAUUUGCAAAUCGUGACAAAUCAACUCAGAUCUAUUGAAUUUAAGAAAAGCAUUGAUGAGCUUAAUGAUUACCUUUCUGCAAUGCUUCAGUCAGUGAAAGAAUUUGACUAUAAUACAGUUGUUGAUGAGACAAACAAGAAAAUUGCUGAACUAACGGACAACAUUAAUGAACAGAUUAAAACAUAUGAGAUUGUGCAAAAAAUUGAGGCUGUCAGAGAAUUCUUCAGAGAAAUCCAAAAUUCUGUAUAUACCUAUUUGGAUGGUCUCAAGGACACAAAGGUGGCGGAUGCUCUAAAGAAACUGAAAAAUGUGAUUGACACAACAUUUUACAAUGACAUUAAAUUGAAAGCACAGGAUAUUCUCGAGGACAUGAGACAAAGAAUCUCUGACAUGGAUAUCAGAGACGAAAUGUACAUCUACCUCGAAAGAGCCAGUGAAUCCUACACAAAUAUUAUUGCCUUCAUUUCUACAAAGAUUAACCAAAUGACACAAAAUAUUGUUAAAGCGUUUAAUGACAGUGAGAUCUUUAAGCAGAUGAAGGAGGCUAUUGAUGGAAUUCUGGAUGCACUAACAAGAGCUGAGAUUGAAAUUCCUACAUUCACUGUACCUCUUACUGACCUUGUUGUCCCAGCACUUACAAUUAACCUCAACAAACUGCAGGAGAUCAGCAUCCCUGCUCAAAUUUCAAUCCCUGAGUUUACAAUUCUUAACUCAUACACAGUCCCGGGGUUUACAAUCGACUUUAAUGAAAUCAAAGAAAAGUUGAUAGAAAUCAUUGAUGAAAUAAAAGCAUUUGAGCUCCAAACUCCUGAUCCAGAGGAAAUAUUUGGAGACUUGAAGGUUCUCUACCUUUCUGAGCUACCAGAUCUUACCUUCCCAGAAAUAACUCUCUCUGAAAUCAAAUUUCCCACAAUCACCAUCCCUAAAUUAAGUCUUGAAGAUUUUGAAAUCACAACACUGCCAAUUCCAGAGAUCACAUUGCCUGCUGUCCCCAGUGACAUUUGCAUCCCAGUUUUUGGAAAACUUCAUGGAGAAUUCAGAUUGAACUCACCACAGUACACCCUUGUAACUACAGGAAGGCUUGAGAACUCAACGUCUGCUCCAAAGAAUCCACAGUUUACUGCCACAAUUAAUUCUGAGGCCACAUCGACAUUUGAACCCCUUGCAUAUACCCUUGAAGCCAUUGCUCGGCUGGAAGCACCCAGGAUGAAGAAGAUGCUCUUCACAGAGACAUUAAAGGUUACACACAUGGCCUUCUCCAUUGACCAUGAGGGAUCCCUGACACUCACCAGCUCCUCUGCUGAGGCUGUGGCCAAGACAGUUACCAAAGCUACAACUCAAAUGUACACUGCAGAGUUAGACAACAAUAUGAUGCUCACCCUCAGGAGUGGAAUUUCAGGACUCAUAGACACAGUUUACAAUCACAAUUUGGACAUCCCAUCAAUUGAAACAUCAAGUCAGGUAUCUGUGAAACAAACCACAGCAACCACACUGGAAUCAGGCCAAGUAACUGUAACUUCUGAAACUACCAGUAAUGGAAAAUGGUCUAUACAAGACUUCUCUGAUGAAGGUGUACACAAAAGCAAAGCAGACUUUAACAUCAAUUUUAACACUGCCAAGUUAAGUUUUGAAGCAGAAACCGAUUCAAAGUUUUUGAAGUCAAAGCAAACACUGACAGCAGAAUCAGUGAUCUUAAGCCAUUUCACUGUGGAAGCAAAAUCAGAAACAGAAGUUCCAACUUUAAGGAAGAGUAUUGCAUCUUUAAAUGGGGAGGCUCAUCUUGGGGACUUGAAACUUGUCCUGACAGCCUCUCACAAUGCUGAAUUCCUUGGAAGUGUGAAGGGCGUCAUGUCAAAUUCUUUGGAAUUUAUGGCACAUCCCUUUGAGGUACUCCUAGAUGUUAAAAACAAAGUAAACUCAAAGGUUUUCCUCCCACUGAAACUGACUGGGAAGGUGGAUUUCCAGAAUGACUAUGGUGUCAUAUUAAACUCGGAGAAACAACGUGCUUGUUGGUUUGCUUUGGCAAGAUUUAAUCAGUACAAAUACAAUCACAACUUCACAAUGGAAAAUAAUGACCUGGAUGUUUUCCACUCAUUAGUAAAUGGAGAAGCUAAUUUGGACUUUUUGACUGUUCCUCUCUCUAUCCCAGAGAUGACUGUACCCUAUCUAGAAAUGAACACCCCUGUGGUCAGAGAGUUUUCUCUGUGGGAUGACGCUGGGCUCAAAAACUUGCUUACCACACCUCAACAGUCAUUUGAAAUGAAUCUGAAACUUCAUUACUUCAAGAACCCUGAGUCACACAGCAUUGACCUGCCACUUGAACCAGUCUAUAAUGUAAUCAAUGACUAUGCCAACUUCAUCCAAGCUCAGUUUGAACAGUGUAGAGACAAAAUAGUAGAACUCCUUAAGGACUCACACAACCAAGCAAAAAUGCGGUAUUACAAGCACAAGAAGGACACUUCUAGCCUUCCUCCUAGAAUAUUCACCAUCUCAGGAUACAAAAUACCAAUUUUAAAUAUCGAGGUUUCUGCAUUUAGAGCUGAGUUGCCUGCUUUUAGCUAUGUUGUCCCCAAAGAAGUCAGUACACCAAGCUUCAAAAUUCCUGCACUGGGUUUCUCCGUGCCAUCUUAUACUCUUGUGCUGCCAUCUCCAGAGUUCCCGGUUAUUCAUGUUCCAGAUACUCUAAGUAAAAUUGAGCUGCCCACUUUCACACUCCCAGCUAUUCAAAACAAUAUUUUGAUCCCAGCUAUGGGUAACAUCACCCUUGAUUUUAACUUUAAAUCUGUGGUGAUGGCUUUAAGUGCUAAUGCUGGUCUUUACAACCAGUCUGACAUUGUUGCUCGGUUUGGUGCCUCCUCAACAUCUGUAUUUAACAUCUUAAAUGGGAAAGUUGAUGGCACCACUAGUUUAACAGGAAAAAGAGGCAUAAAACUGGCCACCACAGUUUCCUUGGAACAUCCAAAUGUGGAAGCAAACCAUGAAUGUACUGUUAGUCUCAGCAAAAGGAGCAUGGAGACCUCUGUUGCCAAUACUGCAAAAAUCAACUUCCCCUUCCUCUAUCUAGAAUUUGAUCAAGAGAUCACUGGAAACACUAAGACCAAACCAAAUGUCGCCUCCAAGAAGAAAGUAAAAUACAUGUUCAACAUUCCCCUGAUUGAGUCAGCAGGUAAGGGAAACCUUGAUAUGAACUGGGAACUUGAAGCACUUUCUACUUAUGUCUCACUGGAGUCCUCUACCCAGGGGAAGUCAGACAUAACAAUAAUGGACAACUGGAGUGUUGUAGAAGAUCUAGAAAACAAGGUCACCUUCUAUCUUAAUGCUAAUGGCCUGCGCUCAACUUUUAACACAAUAAUGAAUUCAAACAUUGACAAGCAGGAAAAUCAAAAACGGAGCACCAGUGAUAACAUCUUCCACUUUGACGUAACUGAGAGCUUUGCCCUUGAGUUGUCCCUGCGGCGUAUGUUUGCAACUGUUGAUUACACUAGCAAUAACAACAUUGAUUUAAUAUCUUUCAGCACAAAUGGAAAGCACGUUGUUAAAGGAGAAUUAGAUUUUGUUCCUUUAACAUCCCUCAAGACCAUACUGGACAUUGAUGCAAGUCAGCCAAGUAGUUUGGGACAUGUUGGACUUGUUCAGAACAUUAACCUUGGUAUCAACUCAGAAAAACAGUCUCUCUCUUGGAGUGGUAAGGAACAGCUGGCUUCUCUCAUCCAUGCUUGUGAUUUUCUGAUGUCCAAUGAUGAAUCUGAGAUACGGAUGGAUCUGACUGAAUCAGUGGAAGGAUACUUGGCUUUCUUGAAGUCAGUAAAGCUUCCUGUGUAUCAGAAAACCAUCUGGGAUGUGCUCAAAUUUGACCAGGUCACAAAUAUGGAUAACUUACAAUUCCUCAACAUCUCAUCCAGUGUUGUUUACACCAAGAGCAUGGAUGGAGAAGAGUAUGCUAUACCAUCUAAACUAUUUGAAAAUGGUGUCACUUUUAGCAUCCCCGAGAUUAACGUUGCAGUACCAGAUUGGGUGAAAGAAAUCCCUCGUUCUAUAAGUAACAUUGACAUGCGACUGGAACAACCUGAUGUCCCAGAGAGUCUCACUCUUCCCCCUAAAAUGUCAAUUCCAGCCUUCGAUGUACCAUUUACUAACUUGCAUGUGGAACCCUUCACAAUUGAUCCUCAGAAUGUGAACAUCCCCAAGGUCAUCACAACCUCAGCCUUUGAUAUCAUGCUGCCUGGUUUGCCUGUAAUGUCUGUCCCCAGUUAUGAAAUUAACACAGAGUAUCUGCAGGGAAAAAUGUCCUUCCUUUCAUUUAAGAUGCCACAAUAUGAACUCACAGUCUCAUCUUUCACUUUACCCAAAUCCUUUACUAUUGGAGAGAACACCAUCGACCUAGAUGAAAUCGGAAAUCACAUUGCAAAUUUGGAACUCCCAACCAUUGUCAUCCCAGAGCAGAAAAUCGAAAUCCCUGAAUUUUCUCUUCACCUGCCAUCAAGUGUAUUCAUUCCAUCUUUUGGUGCGCUCAGUGCAUCUCUGAAAGUUUCUUCUCCAAUUUAUAAUGUAUCAAGUAUAGCCAACAUGGAAAAGAAGGACUCCAGUCUUGUAACUUCUCUGAAUUCCAUCUGCACCUCCACCAUGAUCUUCUUGGAGUAUGAUCUCACUGCCAGUGCAAUCCUUGGAUUUGAUAAUGGAAUCCUCACUUUAAAUGGCAAAUCUGAGCUGAUUCAUAAGGAUGUAAAUGUCAACUGGCAACAUUCUUUCCAACAAAACCUGAGAAUGAAACGCCAAGCCAGCUCACCUGAUACAGUUGUGUUCCGUCACACACUCAUUGUCGAUGUGACCAGUCCGACCUUUGUUGACGUAGGCUUCCGCUUUACUUCCCGUAAAGAUGGCAUCACUGCAUCCAUGUCCUCUCCAUCAUCUGGUUUUCUUGGAUUGCAUUUGCAGCGGAGGUCUCCAUCACAGCUGUAUGGAAAACUGUUCAUCCGUUACCAGUCUACUCCUGAGAAGGAUACUGAUAUUUUUACCGUCAAAGCCACGCUGAGAAACUCCCAGAAGCUGACCCUGCAGACCUCCUGGAAUUUGGAAGCUCUUCAUAGUAUGACUGAGGGAGCCAAGGACAAGAUUCCUGCCAUAAAUGAGGCUCUGCUUAAGUUUAUUAAUAAGUAUCACACCGCACACUUUGGUUUUGAUCUCAACCGUGGAGGCAUGAAGCUAAAAAACACAGUUUCUAAUGUUAUAGAAAGAGCCUAUCAUGAGUUUCCACUGUCGUUCAACACACUGCAGAACUCAGUCGAAAACUUAAGUGAUCAGGGAAUGGAUAUGUACAGGAGGGCUUCUGAUGGCCUGAUGUCCAUUAAUGUACACGAUGUUGCCGACAGGUUGUCUCAUGGGGCCAAAGAGGCCUUGACAGACAGCGAGGAAAGGAUGAAUGUCCUGUUUAGUGGAAUUAGAAGGUUCCUGUCUGACACCAGGUUUAGACUACCUGGAUCUGAAGAGCAGCUCUCAGGCCUGGAAAUGUUCAACAGAGCUCGUCGGUCUUUGUUAAAAGCCAAGGACAGGGCUGUCCAAAGAUUUGAGAGUCUUAUGAGGCAGAUCGUUAGAUCCAUCAGGGAGAUUCAGUUCAGAAUACCUGGAACUGAAGUUACUGUAAAUGGAAAUGAAAUUGUGGAUGAAAUCAUAUCAGUGUUUGAUCAGAUACAGGAAUCAGUGCAAAGAUGGGCUGAACUGUUUCACAAAAACAUUAAUGAAUUUCUCACAGUGAUGACUGAAAAAAUUGAGGAUUUUAUUAAUUACCUAAAAGAUGAAAACAGGGAAGUUGCAUCUCGGUUUAAUGCCAUUUAUACAGACAUGGAGCAGUCUUCAAGACAGCAAUUAGAGGAGGCUCAGAGACAUGUGGCUGAAUACAAAGACUUAACUAAAGUAAAGAUUCAAGAAGCUUAUAAUGCUGUGAACAUGGAGAGAAUAAAUGAAGAUACCAAAGAGUUUAUAAGUAUUGUGCAGUCACACCUAAACAAUGCACUUAGUGGAAGCAUAGAUUUAAUGACAAAAGCAUCUGAGAAGACAGCACCAUAUGUUAAAGUGGGCAGUAAAAAGCUGGAGAUAGAAAUUCCUUUACCCUUUAUGUGGAAGUCAUUCAGUGAAUGGCCAACAUCAACCAGACAGUGA